GUUCGUCAGUUUGCUACGUCGUUCGCAUUUCUUUUGAAACAGCUGAUGGUUAAAAAUUAUUGCGAACUGCAAAAAUGCUGCUUCUACUUCUACCGGAAAAUGUUACAAAAAGGCCACGAAGAAAAAAUAAACUUUGGGUGUAGUCAUUAAAAAAAGGAAAAAACAGAAUUGUUUAAAAGGAUAUAAAGCAAUUAAUGAAAAAAUUUGUAUAAAGCAAAGUCAGCGAACAAGUUUGUAAUAUUAUUAAUACUAAAAAAAAAAAAAGAGAAGGAGGAGUAUAAGAAUUAAAAAAUGUCGAAGAAUAAACUGAACUUAACAUUGCCACCGGUAGAUACCUCUGCAGCAUCAUCCCAAGUGGUACCUACACCACCUUUUAAAACACCUUCAGGCACAGAAAAACAUAGUUUGCUGGGUAAGCCGAAGACGAGCAUCGAAGCCCUUACCGAAACCCUGGAGGAAUUGGAAAUGGAUGACACGGCUCGUAAACGUAUUAAAGUAUUCCUCAGUCAAAAGGAGAAAAUUGGUGAGCUAUCAGACGACGAUCUUGAGAAAUUGGGUGAACUGGGCUCCGGUAAUGGUGGCGUUGUUAUGAAGGUGCGUCACAUACCCACACAAUUGAUUAUGGCAAGAAAGUUGAUACACUUGGAAGUGAAACCUGCGAUUAAAAAACAAAUCAUACGUGAACUAAAAGUAUUGCACGAAUGCAAUUUUCCACACAUAGUAGGAUUUUAUGGAGCAUUUUAUAGUGAUGGUGAAAUCAGUAUUUGUAUGGAAUAUAUGGAUGGCGGCUCAUUGGAUUUGAUUUUGAAACGAGCGGGCAGAAUUCCAGAAUCAAUUUUAGGUAAAAUAACGUUAGCUGUGCUUAAAGGCCUAAGCUAUUUAAGGGAUAAACAUGCAAUUAUGCAUCGAGACGUCAAGCCCAGCAAUAUUCUGGUUAAUAGUAGUGGCGAAAUAAAAAUUUGUGAUUUCGGUGUAUCUGGACAACUCAUAGAUUCAAUGGCGAAUUCUUUUGUCGGUACAAGAAGUUAUAUGUCGCCUGAGCGUUUGCAAGGUACACACUACUCUGUGCAAUCAGACAUUUGGUCUUUGGGUUUGUCACUCGUGGAAAUGGCUAUCGGAAUGUACCCUAUACCGCCGCCAGAUGCCAAAACAAUUGAAGCCAUAUUUGAUGAAAGAAAUGAGGACGGCACACAAACUGUGCUUGAACCUAAAGUAAUGGCCAUUUUUGAACUACUCGACUAUAUUGUGAAUGAACCUCCACCUAAACUAGAGCAUAAGGUAUUUACCGAUAAGUUUAAGGAUUUCGUAGAUAUAUGUCUGAAGAAAAAUCCCGAAGAACGAGCCGACUUAAAAACACUAUUGAAUCACCCUUGGAUAUGUAAGGCUGAAGAGGAAGAAGUUGACAUUGCUGGCUGGGUAUGUAAAACAAUGGACUUGCCCCCAUCAACACCAAAACGGAACACAUCGCCCAAUCAAUAAAAUAUUUAGCAUUCGUAAUUUAAUGUAUAAUCAAUCUCACUUGAAAAGAUACAUGCUGAAAUCUUAAUAAAUUAUGUGUACUACUACUACUACU